UAAGAAUACACAUUUUACAAGUUUAACUCGUUAAUGAAUUCCAUAAUUAAAAACCUAUUUCUCGGUGAAGCGCUGACUUAUUCAACAUACAAAAGUCGGUAUCUGUCUAAAUCAUUCUACCCUACAUCUAUGGCGUAAUUACAAAUUAUUUUUACGACGUCAAAGAGUUAUAGUUUUUAUGGCAAAAAGUUUUGAAUCCAUACCCACCAAAUAACAUUAUUGAUUAUUGUGUCUGGGCCCGGCUCACGUUCGUAUUGAUUUUCCAAAUUGUCUUUGGAGUCGCUGCGGAAUAGAGGUGGUGUUCAAUUCAGCAGUUAUUGUAAAAUAAGGAGAGAAAAUCAGGAAGAUAUUAAACAUGCCUGAACCAACUUGCGUGAGUUGUAAUAACGCUAAUGGUGUACUUUGGCGUAUUGGCGCAAACGGCCAAAUAUGCAAAGAUUGCUCGCAUCUCCCGAAAUUCUUCGAACAUCUUCAUGCUCCUGCCGCCGGGGAAUACAGUGAAUCUGUACUUUAUCAGAAUGUGCACAUGCGGCGUGGGGCCAUAGUAUCAAUGGAGGAUGGGCGUGGCCAGAUCCACUUCGCGCAGAUCCGUGGCUUCCUCACCCGCUAUCAAGAUGAAGUCAGUGCUUUUGUGACCUGGCUUGUGCCGACUUCUGAUAGCCCUCCUCCGGAGCAGGGUUUCCAUGCCUCUACUUAUGUCUUCGGGUCUGAAGAUGAUACACCAUGCAAGCUGGAGUUUAUGAAAUACAUCAUGCAACUUCCAACUGAUUACUACAAGAACAAUGAAUAUGCGCAUGCCGCUGCCGAAGAUGAUGACGGAGAUCUGUUCUAUGAGGAGUUCGUCUCGGCUCUGCGUAAUGCGGGAGAAGGAUUUUUUUAAUAUGCAUAU